AUGGCCCCUCAGAGGACCUACCCGCUCAUGUCGCGCCGCGAGGUCGAGGCCAUGAUCGCAGACGGCCACUCGCUCAUCGUGCUCAACCAGUUCGUCCUCAAGGUGGACGCCUGGCGCGGGUACCACCCCGGCGGCGACAAGGUCAUCCUGCACAUGGUCGGCCGGGACGCCACAGACGAGGUAACCGUCCUCCACUCCCCUGAGGCUCGCCGCAUGAUGGACAGGUACCGCAUCGGCCGCAUCCAAUGGCGGUGGGAGAACCUGGUGCCCCCGAUCCAGGGUGGCGUCUACGUGCCUCUGCCACUAGGGGACGCACCAGAGGUCGCCCUUACCAGCCCCUCGGAUGCUUCGUCGAGUGACGCCAGCUCCCGCGCGCCGUCUCCCGUCUUUGAAGAGCAGCAGCCCGUCAGGGGCCGCAAGAAGGGCGACUCCCGCCCUUGGUCGGACACGUCACUGUCAUCAUCGUCUUCGUCCCCGGCAGUGGACGAGGUCGAGGAGCUGCCCGACGGCAUGGCCUUCCUCGACUUGCUGACGCGCAAGGAGAUCGACCUCGACCACGCCACGUAUCCGCCGCUCGACGACCUCACGCAGGCCGACAUUGUGCAAAAGUACCGCGACCUUAACGACCGCAUCCGCGCGGCGGGGCUCUACGAGUGCAACUACCGCGCCUACGCCGUCGAGGUGGCGCGCUACGGCCUGCUCUUUGCCUUGAUGCUGCUCUUCCUACGCUGGGGCUGGUACGCCACCAGCGGCGUGCUGAUGGGCAUGUUCUGGCACCAGCUCGUCUUUUCGGCCCACGAUGCGGGCCACAUGGGAAUCACGCACAAUUUCCAUCUUGACACGGUUAUUGGCAUUGUGAUUGGCGACUUCCUGGCCGGCCUGUCGCUCGGCUGGUGGAAGGCCAACCACAACGUCCAUCACAUCAUCACCAACCACCCCGAGCACGACCCGGACAUCGAGUACCUGCCCUUCCUCGCCGUCACGCACCGCUACUUCAAGUCACUGCGCUCCAGCUUUUACGACCGCGUUAUGGAGUACGACACGGCCGCAAAGGUGCUCGUCAGGGCCCAGCACUACCUCUUCUACCCCAUCCUGCUCUUCGGCCGCUUCAACCUGUACCGUCUGUCGCUCGAGUACCUGUUGCUGCGUAAGGGGCCCCGCAAGGGCCCCGCGUGGUGGCACCCCUACCUCGAGCUCGCCGGCCACGCCUUCUUCUGGUACUGGUAUGGUUACCGCAUCGUGUACAGGAGCAUCCCGACCAACGGCGGCCGCUUCGCCUACGUCAUGUUGAGCCACAUGGUGACGAUGCCGCUGCACCUGCAGCUGACGCUGUCGCACUUCGCCAUGAGCACGGCCGACCUGGGCCCGCGCGAGUCGUUCCCGCAAAAGAUGCUGCGCACCACCAUGGACGUCGACUGCCCCGAGUGGCUCGACUUCUUCCACGGCGGUCUGCAGUUCCAGGCCAUCCACCACCUCUACCCGCGCAUCCCGCGUCACAACCUGCGCCGCGCCCAGGCCCUAGUGCGCGACUUCUGCCGGGACGUCGACAUCCCCUACGCCAUGCUCGGGUUCGUCGACGGGAACAAGCUCGUGGUCGGGAAGCUCGCCGACGUUUCCAGGCAGGCUGCCAUCCUUGCCAAGUGCCACCAGCAGUCGAGUACUCACACGCACUGA